CCGUCUCCAUGUUGAUUUAAUGAGCCGCUAGUGUUUCUUCCCGCAUGAAACUUCAAUGGCGGGUCGACUGUUCUCGAAAUCAAAGUUCCGAUUUUUCGCCUCUUCUCUCCUCCGAAACGUCAACCCAUCUCCUCUUCGAGGAUCCUCCCUGCUUCUGAAACCACGGGCUCCAUUCUUGGAGCAAUGUGCGGCCAUGGACGCUUCUUGGGUGAGGCGGUACCAUGACGGGAGGCCGAGGGGACCCCUCUGGAGGGGCAAGAAGCUCAUCGGGAAGGAGGCGCUCUUCGUGAUCUCGGGACUGAAGCGGUUCAAAGACGACGAAGAGAAGCUCCAGAAGUUCAUCAAGACCCACGUCUUGAGGCUCUUGAAGAUGGACUUGAUCGCCGUCCUCAGCGAGCUGGAGCGCCAGGAGGAGGUCUCUCUGGCUGCCAAGGUGUUUGGGGUCAUUCAAAAGCAAGACUGGUAUAAGCCUGAUGUGUUUCUUUAUAAAGACUUAAUUAUUGCAUUGGCAAGAUGUAAAAAGAUGGACGAGGCCAUGCAAUUGUGGGAAGCUAUGAGGAAGGAGGAGUUAUUCCCUGAUUCUCAAACGUACACUGAAGUCAUCAGGGGCUUUUUGAGGUAUGGAUCUCCAGCAGAUGCAAUGAACAUAUACGAGGACAUGAAGCUGUCUCCAGAUCCACCGGAUGAGUUGCCAUUCAGGAUAUUGUUGAAGGGACUCAUACCUCAUCCCCUUUUGAGGAACAGAGUCAAGCAGGAUUUUGAGGAGCUCUUUCCUGAGCGGCAUGUUUAUGAUCCUCCUGAAGAGAUAUUUGGUGUUCAUUAAGUGUUGGAGCUAGGGUUGUCAGUAUCUCAAUAGUCAUUGCCGCAUCUUCGGGCAAGAUCGCAUUCGGUUAUGACAAAUGUUUUGGCGGAUUCUGGAGAAAAAACAGCACAGUUUUACAGAGAACAGAACAGUGAAGCCAUUCGUGCCAGAUCUCCCGAUGCUUCUUUUUAACGUUUUCCAGAAAUUGGUGAUGUAAAAACUAGUGACAUCAAGUCCGCCUUGUCUGAACUUCCAACUAGUGGAGUCUCUAAUGAUUAGUGGGAAGGAACUUCUUCUAGUGCCUGCCUGAGCACUGAGGGUCGAUCGGGGAUGUGCUUGUUGUUGAGAAAAAUCACAUUUGGAAUGAUUGUCUCUCCUC